AUGCUUCUUGACUCUGAACCUAAAGCCAACAACAGUGUCGUACGGGUUGUUGGUGAUGCCGUGGAGAUGGUUGUGGGACUCAAACCACAUACACAGCUCACUGGUGUUGGUGACGCCGAUCGGGAUGGCCCCCGCUCUCUUCAGCAGGGCCACCACCGGAGCGUCCACGGUGGCCACGACUCCUCGCCUGGAGACCAAACCGGAAGUCAGAGGGUUGCUGAUGGGCGGGAGCUUCUUCCCGGACAUAACGGGUCUCUGAGGGGACAAGAGCCGAAACAGCGUAAAGAGGACUCCAAUGACCGCCUUGAAGAGCCAUACCUGAGCCUUUUCCAGAAGGCUCAAUGGCGCCAUGUUUCCACCGCAGGGAGAGGACGGAGGGUCAGCGGUAGUUCGGCCGUGGUCACGGCGAUUCCGUUGCCCAGUACGAUGACUCCUUCUAGCAAGAUGAUUGUCAGUCAACACGGAACUCGUCCUCCUAGCAAACAGCGGCUGAAGAUAUACCUGCUAUGUCAAGUUAGCACAGCAGGGCCUCAGACAGAUCACCACAGAUAUAGAACAGCUUUUUCUACAUCUAUAGGACAGAUUGUUCUAUAUGCAGAUCGCAAACUACAAACCAAAAGCCCCCCCACUCCCAUCAACGAGCUGUGCCUGGCAAACAACCUCAACAACUUCUUCUGUCGUUUUGAAAGACCAUGCCUGACACCAUCCCCCGUGAUUCCAUUCACCAGCUCCAGCCCUCCUGCCCCACCUCAGCAGGGGCCAGCCAGGGCCUGUUCAUCGCUGGCCACCUCAGAGCUCCCCCUCCCCCCUCCACAACAACAACCCUCUCCACCCAGGAGAGACAAGUUAACAGGCUGUUCCAAAAACAAAACCCACUGCAAAGCAGCCAGGCCAGACUCUGUCUCUCCCUCCACCCUGAAGUGGUGCAGUGGCACUGAUCAGCUGUCUCCAGUGUUCACAGAUAUCUUUAACACCUCACUGGAAACAUGCCAUGUACCAGCCUGCUUCAAGUCCUCCACCAUCAUCCCUGUCCCCAAGAAAACAAGGAUCGCAGGACUGAAUGACUACAGACCUGUCACCCUGACCUCUGUGGUUAUGAAGUCUUUUGAGCGCCUUGUUCUGUCUCACCUCAAAUCUCUCACAGAACCACUCUUGGAACCCCUGCACUUCGCCUACAGAGCCAACAGGUCUGUAGACUCUACAUUUCAUCCUCCGGCACCUGGACUCCUCAGGAACCUACGCCAGGAUCCUGUUAGUGGACUUCAGCUCUGCCUUCAACACCUGGUGAACUGGGGAAACACAUCUCAGACUCAACGACCAUCAGCACCGGUUCCCCCCAAGGCUGCGUCCUAUCCCCUCUGCUCUUCUCCCUGUACAGCAACAACUGCACCUCCAGUCACCAGUCCGUCAAGUUCCUUAAGUUCUCAGACGACACCACCCUCAUUGGACUCAUCUCUGGUGGGGAUGAGUCCGCCUACAGGUGGGAGAUUGACCACCUGGUGACCUGGUGCAGUCAGAACAACCUGGAGCUAAACGCUCUGAAGACAGUGGAGACGGUUGUGGAUUUCCAGAAACAAGCAGCCCCGCCCACCCCCAUCACCCUGGGUGACUCCCCAGUCAACACUGUGAAGUCCUUCCGCUUCAUGGGCUCCAUCAUCUCCCAGGACCUCAUCAAAAAGGCCCUAAAAACUACACUUUGCAUUAACCUACAUCCUGGACUAUACACCUGCCCAUUGCAUAAUUUUUGCACAUUCUGCUCUAAACCAUUCAGCCUCUUUUUUUCUUAUGUUAAACAGCUAUUUUGUAGAUAGUUGUUUCUGUAUUAUUGUUUAUUUCAUAUUAAUGUUUAAUAUGUUUAUGUAUGCACCAACCACCAAGGGAAAUUCCUUGUAAGUGUUACUUACUUGGCAAUAAAUCCAUGUCUGAUUCUGAGGUACUUGUACUUACAUUCUACUGUUACACUGUUCACGGCAUUUCAGAGGCAAAUAUUGUACUUUUUAGUCCACUACAUUUAUUUGAUACUUAAAGUUACUGGUUAUUAUCCCAAUUAUAUAAUUUACAUUAUUCUGAAAUGGGCCAUUUGACUCAAUAUCAGAAUAGAGUAUUUCUUGUUGCACACAGACCCAUAGAAUGUAAUACACAGAAUAGGUCCCAAUGAAGUAACUGUAUGUCAACACUAGAGGGCAGCAUUGCUAAAGGCUGUAAUGAUCACACACUUUUUUUUAAAUUAACCAAACAGAGCACGUAGCAAAAGAAAAGAACUACCUCUGCAAUGCAGGUCAGUGGGUUAGUGGAUAAUCCAUACUGUCUGCUGCUGCUGCUGCUGCUGCUGCUGCUGCUGCUGCUGCUGCUGCUGCUGCUGCUGUGUUACACUGCACCACCAACUCAAUCAACACAAUGACAAUGAUUUUAAAAUUCUGUUAUUUAACCAUUUGAAAGACUGCCUGUGAAACUUUAUUAAAAACAGCCUUUGAUAACAUCUUA